UUCUUUUUAUUUAGAGCCAAUGGAAAUGUGAGCUUCUUCCUACAUGUACUUGCAGCAGCUAUGGGUAUGUAGCACACUGCCAUCAGCUUACAACAGCAAAAACUUUCCGACUCCGUCGUGAUAGCUAGCAAUGGCUGUUGCAUCUUCAACUCCAGAGACCCAUGCGCUCCCUCACAUCGCCAUCUUCCCGUUCCUGGCCAAGGGCCACACGAUCCCGAUGAUCCACCUCGCCCACUACCUCCACCGCCACGGCCUCGCCGCCGUCACCUUCUUCACCACGCCCGGCAACGCCGCCUUUCUCCGGGAGGGGCUGUCCGGCGCGGACGCCGCCGUCGUCGAGCUCACCUUUCCGGCCGACGUCCCCGGCAUCCCGCCGGGCGUCGAGAGCGCCGAGGGCCUCACGUGCCUGGCCUCCUUCGCUGUCUUCGCCGACGCCACGUCUCUGCUCCGGCCACAGCUCGAGGCGUCCCUAGCUGAGAUGCAGCCGCCGGCCAGCCUCCUCGUCACCGACCCGUUCCUGUACUGGACGAAGGCGUCCGCGGAUAGGCUCGGCGUCCCCAAGGUGUCCUUCUUCGGCAUCUCGGCGUUCGCGCACGUCAUGCGAGAGGUGCGCGUGCGCCACGACCCGUGCGCGACGCUGAAGCACGACGACGUCGACGCGGAUGGCAACCCGGCCACCUUCACGGUGCCGGAGUUCCCGCACAUAAAGCUCACCUUCGAGGACUUCAUGGCGCCCUUCGGCGACCCGGCCUCCAUAGCGCCCAUGCUGGAGCUCGACGGUAAGCUGGGCAAGGCCAUAGAGGAAAGUCAAGGGCUGAUCAUCAACACCUUCCACGGCCUGGAGUCUCCAUACGUUGACUUCUGGAACCAGCAUGUGGGCCCCAAGGCCUGGCCCGUCGGGCCCCUCUGCCUUGCCCAACCAGCAACUGCGCCGCCCAAGGCCCGGCCCUCUUGGAUGGAGUGGCUCGACAACAAGGCGGCCGAUGGCAGGGCGGUGCUGUAUGUUGCUCUCGGGACGCUGGCAGCGAUCCCGCAGUCGCAGUUGAAGGCGGUCGCGGAUGGGCUAGAGCGGGCUGAGGUGGACUUCAUAUGGGCUGUUAGGCCCAAGAACAUUGACCUUGGUUCCGGUUUCGAAGAGCGCACAAAGGGCAGAGGCUUGGUGGUGAGGGAGUGGGUGGACCAGUUGGAGAUCUUGAAGCAUGAAACUGUGCGAGGGUUCUUGAGCCAUUGCGGGUGGAACUCGGUACUUGAGAGUGUUGCAGCCGGUGUGCCGCUAGCGGUUUGGCCUAUGCAUGCUGAUCAACCUUUCAAUGCGAAGUUCGUAGUUGAUGAGUUGAAGAUCGCGGUGAGAGUUCAGACAAGCGAUAGAACUAUCAGGGGUUUGGUCACAAGCGAGGAGGUUUCGAAGGUGGUGAGGGUGCUCAUGCUAGGUGAGGAAGAGGUGGAGGCAGCGAAGAACGUGGCGGAGCUAUCGGCCUGUGCUAAGGAAGCCAUGGAAGAGGGAGGACCAUCAUGGAAAGCACUGAAAGACAUGAUCACUGAGUUGUGCGUGAAGAAGGUGAAUGUGAGUUUAGAGGAGAGCCAGGACGAGAGGGUGGAUGUUUAGCGUGCGUUUUGAAGUUCUUUUGUUGCUUGUAAUCAUCUUUAGAAAUAAUAAUUGGGUGGUGUGCAACAUGCAUCUUGAACUAUGAACUCUGAAUAAAAUAACUGCUCUCUGCAUGUCAA